GACACCGAGGCGAGGACGAUCGACCUCACCGUCGAUGAUGCAGACCCAGUCGACAGGCUGGGCUGGCUCGUGCAGCUCUUCGAGGCCUCCAUGGUCGCGCUCGGCGAGGGCGACCUGGGCGACGCGACGGUGUGGUUGCAGAGCUCCGGGUGCACCCGCCGCGACCUCCUGCAGGAGCAGGAGAGCGGUUCGACGAGCUGGUGUCGCUGCUGCGCCUGCACGACUACGAGGCGCAGCGCCUCCAGAAGACGCUGCAGGCCGUCGAGGCAGCGGCGAGCCUCGGCGGCGGCGGCGCCGCCGCGCAGAUCACCGCCGGCGGGAGACGAGGCGUGCGCUUGGAUGACCGGGAGAAGGAGGAGCUCCACCGGUCAGAGGCGCUGCCGGCCACAGAGGCGUGGGCGGUGCCCAACGACGGCGAGGUGA